GCCAGGACGAGAAGCGUGCAGCUGACCUCGCCCUCGUGGAGGCUCAGGAAGCAGCUCGGCGAGCUGAGGGGGCGCUGGCGGAGCGAGAGCUGGCCGUCGCCAAGCUGGAGGAGGAGCUUCGCAGCCUGUCCAGCCAGCCCAUGCUGGUGAACUCCGCGCCGCCGCCGCCGUUGCAGCCAGUGUUCACAGUGUUCACCUCGAAGCUGGCGGACGCCCUGGCAGGGCCUGAUGCGCCUGCGGCUCAUGCAGCGGGGCAGGAAGAGCCAGAGCCCAAGCGUGCCAUGGUCGGCGAGGCUGCGGCUGCCUGGGACGUCGACGGCAUGGAGAUCGGCGCGUUGCGGCAGAGCGCGGGUGUGUUCGUGGGCGCCCAGGCCGAGGGUGAGUCCGUCAGGUGGGCAGCGGACUUCGAGCAGUCGGAGAGUUUGCCGCGCCAGACAGAGCUGAUCCUGGCCACCUACAACGGGAAUGCGUGGUCUACUUCGCAGUCUUUCAUGGAGUGGCUCGUGCUUGGCAAAGGCCUCCAGUCUGGCGUUCUUUUUCUUCGAGAGCAUCGUCUUUGUGUAGGGGCGCAGCUGAAGAGUGCCCAGGGUUGGGUUAAUGCGAGGGGCUUUCGCGUUCUAGCUCACAGCUGCGCGGUCACAGGGGCGACGGCCACCUCGACAUCCUGCGGGGUUGGCAUUGCCAGCCCCAGUCAUCUAGCCGGCGUCCCCUUCGAGCCCAAGGGAGAGCGCGCGAAGUCCAGGAUUUUCUUUCAGCGGACUAUGAUCGGCAGCAUGCAGAUCUUGUUCGCUUCCUUCUACGGCACCACCAGCGUCGGUCAGUCGGGCAACGUCGACCUCUCGGUCUCGCUGAUCCAG